AUUAUGACCUCAUUUUCCAGAAUACUGACAUGACAUUCUUAAGAAGAAAAGUUAACUCUGGAUCAGCUGAAGUUUAGAAUCAUCAUCUAGCUUACUGUCAAAGGCCUAACUGAACUCUUUCCUCCCCACUCCUCCCACCCUCCUUUAUAAAUUGAUUUGGAAAUUUUAUUUCUCUAACUGUACUAUAGAUGCUUCUUUGACGGCUGUUCCGACACCACUGAUGCUUUCACUCAUGAGAUCGGAAUAUGAGAGUCUUUGUAUUUCUGACCCAAGGCAAGGAGUAGGGAGCCAUAUACCAACACAACCUGUGAUGACUCAGCCUGGCUGGGGUGUCUAUGACAGGACCACCAUCACAACUGUUGCACAGACUUCAGGGGAUUGGAGCACUAGCCUCUUCAAUGUUUGCAGUGACAAAAAAAUUUGUUUCUGUGGUCUCUUUUGUACCAUGUGUCUUGAGUGUAACAUUGCAAGACAUUAUGGAGAAUGUUUAUGUUGGCCAUUAUUACCCAACUCCACCCUUGCAUUAAGAGUAGGCACCAGAGAGAGACAUAAAAUACGGGGCACUCUGUGUGAAGACUGGUUGGUUGUGCACUGCUGCUGGCCCCUUUCUGUCUGCCAGAUGGCUCGGGAACUUAAGAUGAAGACAACCCAAAUGGAUGAAGUCUGUGCAGCUCCUUCAACUCAAGGUUUUUGGGCCCCUGGAACUAAAGAGUUAAUUGUUUGAAAGAAAUAUGUUUUUCCUUUUCCCCCAAAAAGCAGCAAACAACAACUUAGUGAGUAGAAAAAAAUGACCCCACUUUCUCCGUAAUUAUUCAAUGACAUAGUAUUAAAAAUAAAAUAUUUUCCAUAUUGUAUCUGUA